UCUCUCUUUUCUUACAAACACAGGCUUUCACAAUCCCAGGAUAAAAGCCAGGCAUUCAACGCAUCCCGCAGAACUGUCACACAUACACAGUCUGCAUAUGUGCGCGUGUGUGCUUCGUGCAUGUGUGUUGCUGUGACUGUCUCCACUCCUCUGCCACCUCCCCUCCUCUCCUCCUCUUCCUUACCGGCAUCAUCCCUCGCUCUCCAUCAGGGAUGGUGAGAGAAUGUUUUUGAUCCAGACAUCUGCACAGGUUGCACGCAGCUCUGUUCUGCCGUGGAUAUAAACAUCUUCUGCAUGGAAUUGAGGGCAUGACAACAUGCAUCCCUUGUUGUUUCAGAGCAUGUGCCACGACUCGCACGAAAUGAUGGAGGACCAGCAGCUUCCUGGCUAAACCCUGCAGACUAAAACAACAUCACAGCUCGAAUCAUGCACUUAAGGUGGGUGGAAAGAUGUAGCUGAAGAACAAACAUAUAGGAAUCUUGUCCAUUCACACACUCAGGUCAUCCCUGAAAGGGGCGUGGCCUGUGGAGCACUGCCCAUUAUGUCUAAGAAAGCACCCAGUGGGCGGAGCAAAGGGGAGCGGCCUGAUGCCAUGUCAGCCUUGCAGGCAGCCAAUGAGGAGCUGAGAGCCAAACUCACGGAAAUCCAGAUUGAACUUCAGCAGGAGAAGACCAAGGUCAGUAAGCUGGAAAGAGAAAAGUCUCAGGAGGUUCGUCACGAGCAACACAAGUCCACGGUGGUAGUGACGGAGUUAAAGGCCAAACUGCACGAGGAGAAACUGCGAGAGCUGCACGGCGUCCGGGAAACGCUCCUACGCCAACAUGAGUCCGAACUGGUGCGGGUCAUUAAGAUCAAAGAUGGAGAGAUACAGAGACUACAGGCGCUUGUAUGUGCCCUCCGAGACACAUCCGGUGAUAAGGUGAAGUCUGCCCUGGUGGCGGAUGCCCGAGAGGAGGCCAGGCGGGGUUUCGAAGGUGAACGAAUGCGACUGCAGCAGGAAAUCGCUGAGCUGAAGGGCGUAAAAAAGCACAUGGAGGAAGCGUUAACCGUGGCCGUGCAGGCGGACAAAAUCAAAGCCGCCGAGAUCCGAAGCGUCUACCAUCUCCACCAGGAGGAGAUCAACCGGAUAAACAGGGAGUGUGAGAGAGAGAUUCGCAGAUUGAUGGAUGAGAUUAAAGUAAAGGAGCGGCACGUCUGUGGGCUGGAGAGAGAGCUCAACGCUCAGGCGGGCUACACGUGGAGACUACAGCAGCAGAAACAGGCUGUAGACACACAGCUGGCCCUGCUGCGAGACUCCAGCCCCAGACGAGAGGGCCCUAAUUCACCCGCUACAGGAGACUCAGCAGAGGGCAUAGCUAACCCUGUGCAGCAUUUGGAUGAAAAAGACGCCCGACGUUUCCAACUGAAAAUCGCGGAACUGAGCGCUAUCAUCCGAAAACUAGAGGACCGAAAUGCCCUGCUGUCAGAGGAACGCAAUGAACUUUUAAAACGUCUGCGAGAAGCUGAGAGCCAGUAUAAACCCGUACUGGACAAAAACAGACGACUGAGUCGUAAGAAUGAAGAACUGGCUCACGCGCUGAGACGCAUGGAAAACAGACUGCAAUUCAUCACUCAGGAGAACAUUGAAAUGAGAGAGAAGGCCGGUACGAUCCGCAGGCCCAGUUCACUGAACGAUCUGGAUCAGAGCCAAGAGGAGAGAGAGAUCGAGUUCCUGAGACUACAGGUCCUGGAACAGCAGAACAUCAUUGACGAUCUCUCCAAGGCGCUGGAAACAGCUGGAUUUGUAAAAACCGUGAUUGAGAGAGACAUGCUGUUGAGAUACAGGAGACAGGACAGUCUGCGCAGGAAAAAGCCAUUCAGAACCUGCAGGCCGGUUGUAGAGACGUUUUUUGGUUAUGAUGAAGAAGGUUCAAUAGACUCAGACGGCUCCUCAAUUUCAUAUCACACAGACCGAACACCUUGCACACCAGAUGAUGACCUCCUUGAAGAGGGGAUGCUUAAAGAAGAGACCGAACUUCGCUUUCGUCAGCUCACGAUGGAGUAUCAGGCUCUUCAGAGGGCAUACGCGCUCCUUCAAGAGCAGGUCGGAGGAACAUUCGAUGCAGAAAAGGAGGUCAAGACUCGAGAGCAGCUGCAGGCCGAACUGAUCCGGUAUCAGACCAGAAUAGCAGAUCUGGAGUGUGUUUUGAGUCAACAGGGACAGGAUAUGAAAUGGAUUGAGGAGAAACAAGCUUUGUACAAACGCAACCAAGAGCUUGUAGAAAAGCUUAAAAAUAUGGAGACAGAAGAAACGCGCUUGAAAAAUGAAAUUCAGGACGCAAAAGACCAAAAUGAACUCUUGGAGUUCAGAAUUCUUGAACUUGAAGAAAGAGAGAGAAGAUCUCCUGCCAUAAACUUCAAGAACAUUCAUUUUGCGGAGGGCACGAGUCCCCUGCAAAUCUACUGUGAUUCAGAGGGAGUCUCUGACAUUGUGAUCACAGAGCUCAUGAAGAAACUUGAUAUUCUGGGGGAUAACGCCGUAAGUAAUUUGACCAAUGAGGAGCAAGUGGUGGUCAUUCAUGCCAGAACGGUAUUAACCUUAACAGAAAAGUGGUUAGAGCAAAUUGAAGUCACCAAAUCAGCAUUACAGCAGAAAAUGUUGGACAUUGAAAAUGAAAAGGAUCUCUUCUGCAAACAGAAGGGAUAUUUAGAUGAGGAAUUAGACUACAGAAAACAGUCUCUGGAUCAGGCACAUAAGCGUAUCCUCGAGUUGGAGGCGAUGCUGUUUGAUGCUUUGCAGCGAGAGGAGGGGGGCAGGAAGGUGUCUGAGCUGCUCAGCGAGCAGGACCGUGAUUCGCUGAGGGAUGCUGUCAGUCAGUGGAAGAGGCAGGUCCUCAGCGAAUUACGAGAGAGGGAUUCUCAGAUACUCAGAGAACGGAUGGAGCUGCUGCAACAUGCUCAAGCGAGGAUUAAAGAGUUGGAGGAGUGGAUAGAAACACAAAAACGACAGAUUAAAGAACUCGAAGAAAAGCUUUCAUUCUUUGGUCGUAGCUCUUCAAGCGAGCAGGAAGUGAUGAAACGUGGCACAGUGGAUCGCGGCCCUGGAUCUCAUGUGUUCUGUCUUCUGUAGCAGAGGAAUGGUCACAGAUUUUGGGGGGACUUUGACCCGUUCAUGUCAAAUCUACACUGGCCACCUGUUGAUCUACGGCUAAUAGAUUAUGGUGCUCUCUCUAUCUUGUGGACUCAAAUUGUUUUUAUCCUUUUAAACUUUGCUUCCUGUGACCUCUUGCGUGUGGAAUUUAAGGACUCUUAAAUUGAAACGCUCUCCUUUCCCUGCUAAGCAGGUGGUGCUGGAGGCUGCUUCCCUUUGGAAGCCUAUGGGAUGAGAGGUGUUACGUUGAAACCCUUCCCCUUACUGUUUACACGCACUUUGCUUUGGUUCCUGGUGGUACGUUUGGCAUUGGCGUGGUGGCGCUAAACCCCUCCUGUGCAUUGUUUAGAAAUGUGAUGAAAAGUAAGUCUUGGAAUUAAAACAUUUUAUUUUGUAAUGUACAGGAACAGCGUUUCAAAAUAAAUUUCUCAGAGGAAUAUGGAAAAUA